UUCACACGACAAACGCACAGACAAUAUAAGUCAAGACUGACCACACCUGUUCCGUUGUUCAGAAACAAAGUCUUGAUAUAGGGCUCCAUUUCAAAUACAAGCACAAUUACUCAAAUACUCAGUACAAAGUUAAACGGCUAUUGAAAUUGCGCAGAUAUUCGACCUUUUCCUGCGACUUUGAGAGGCAUAAUUUGGUGGAACGUCUUUGAGGAUGUCGCGCUAUCACGUUGGUGGAAGAUAUAACCAGAGCCAAGCUUCUAAGGUCACAUUUAAUCCAUUGACUGUCAGUUUAGAAUUGUUGGGAGUCAAUCUCCCACGGGAGUUUGAAGAUCUAACAGGAAGGCUACAGCGACCAGGUGAUGAACGUCCGAGAGAUAGUCUGAAUUUAAAACUUUCACACGAUAAUAAAGUGUCAGUGACGUUUGUCCCACAAGUUGCUGGUAAUCAUAUGGUGUAUAUUUACAAGAAUGCACAAGGAGUCACUGGGAGUCCUUUCACCGUUCGGGUAGAAGAACCCUUACCACUGGAUCCUUCCAAAGUGAAAGUAUUUGGCGAUGGCCACAAACGUGGGACCUCGGGACAAUUAAGCAAGUUUGUUGUUGAUGCUCGCGAUGCAGGAAAUGGCAGUAUUGGUUUCUCUAUAAAAGGUCCCAGUAAGCCUGAACUAAACAGCUUCACUAAAGACGAUGGCACGUGCGAGGUCAAUUUUCUCCCCAAAUCUUCUGGAACGUACACAAUACACGUCAAAUACGCAGAGAUGGACAUCCCGGGUAGUCCGUUUACUUGCGCAGUCGCAGAAGUUGAAGGACAAAUGUCUGAUAAGGGAGACGAGAGCCUGGUUACGACAGUCGCAAGUAACCCGUUUACACUGGCGUUAGAAUUGCCUGCGCUUAAUCUCCCAUCCGAUUUUAUAUAUCUUACAGGAAAACUACAGCGACCAGGUGAGGUGCGUCCAAAAGACAGUCUGAAGUUGAAACUUUCUCCAGAUAAUACAGUUUCUUUGACAUUUGUCCCACUAGUCGCUGGGGACCAUUUGGCAUAUAUUUACAAGAACGGGCUGGAGAUAUCUGGGAGUCCUUUUACCAUUCGUGCAGAAAAACCCCCGUCACCGGACCCUAGAAAGGUGAAAGUAAUUGGCGAUGGCCACAAACGUGGGCAUGCGGGACAAUUGAGUAAGUUUACUGUUGAUGCCAGCGAUGCGGGAAACGGUGUUCUUGGAUUCUCCAUUAAUGGUCCUAGCAAAGCGGAAUUAAACAGUUUAUCAAAUGAGGAUGGAACGUGCGAUGUUAGUUUUGUACCCGAAACUCCAGGAAUUUACACCAUACAAAUCAUAUUUGCGGAUCAGCACAUCCCUGGUAGUCCCUUUGAUUGCGCAGUCGCAGAAGUUGUCAGUUCUGUGCCGGAUAAGGGAGAGGAGACCCCACCCAUUAAAAGUAACCCACUGACUUGUGCGUUAGAAUUGGUGGGAGUCUAUCUUCCUUGGGACUUUAAGUAUCUUACAGGAAAACUCCAGCGUCCUGGUGAUGAUAGUCCAAAGGAUAGUCUAGAGUUGCAAAUUUCACCCGAUAAUGUAGUCUCAGUGACGUUUGUCCCACUAGUCGCUGGAGAUCAUUUGGCACAUAUUUACAAGAACGGAGAGGUGGUGGCUGGGAGUCCUUUCACCGUUCGUGCUGAAGGGCCAAUACCACCGGACCCUCGGAAGGUGAAAAUAUCUGGCGACGGAUACAAACGCGGGACUGCUGGUCAAAUGAGCAAAUUUACUGUUGAUAUUCGCGAUGCCGGAAAUAGUGAUCUUGGAUUCUCUAUAAAGGGUCCUAGCAAGACUCAAUUGAGCUGUUUAUCAAAAGAGGACGGCACGUGCGAGGUGAAUUUUGUUCCCAAACUUCCCGGAAUGUAUACGAUACACAUCAAAUUUGCGGAUCAUCAUAUCCCUGGCAGUCCCUUCACUUGCACAAUCGUAGGUGAUGGCUCUACGCUGGUUAAAGAGGACGACGGUCCAAAUACUGCACCCACAUGCAAGCCGUUUACUCUCGUGUUACAAAUGUCGGGAAUUAGCCUUCCGUCCGAUUUUGGACUUCUAACAGGAAAACUGCAGCGGCCAGGUGAUGAUCGUCCAAAGGAUAGUCUAAAGUUGCAACUUUCCGCAGAUAAUACAGUGUCUUUGACGUUUGUCCCACUAGUCGCUGGGGAUCAUUUUGCGUAUAUUUACAAGAACGGAAAAGAAGUCUCUGGAAGUCCUUUCCCGGUUCUUGCUGAAGAACCCAUCCCACCGGACUCUACAAAAGUGAAAGUAAUUGGCGACGGCUAUAAACACGGGACUGCAGGACAAAUGAGCAAAUUUACGGUUGAUGCCCGGGAUGCGGGAGAGGGCGGUCUUGGAUUCUUUAUGGAAGGUCCAAGUAAGGCUCAAUUAAACUGCAUGUCAAAAGAGGAUGGCACGUGCGAAGUGAAUUUUGUACCCAAAAAUCCCGGAGUAUACAAGAUACACAUCAAAUUUGCUGAUCAACAUAUCCCUGGUAGUCCUUUCGCUUGCUCAGUGAGAGAUGUCGACGGUACUAUGCCGAAUAUGGGAGACAUAAGCCCAUCAUUAUUAGCAAUGCUUGAAUUUCCUUAAAUAUAAUCAACUAUAUUAACUAUCAUCAUUUUUAACGGACUUGUUAACAAUAUAUUUAAUUUAUAACAAGUACGCUUAACUAGUUGCAUUCCUCAUUUUAAGAAUAGGUUUUUACCUGGAAAAGUUAUUGAGAAUACUUUGUAGAAUUAGAUUGGGCAAUUAAUGAUGUUAAUAGUCAUUGAUGAAAUGCUUUAUGUAGUAUUAUAAAAAACAGAUUUUAUAUCAAUCGAAA